AUGAUAUACCUUGGAUGUUUCCUGUUGCUCUGUGGGCUUACGCAUGUCAUGGCAAGCUAUCCUAUCUGGUGGUCACUAGCAGUCGGCCACCAGUACUCAUCACUGGGCACUCAACCUAUCCUUUGUGGCAGCAUACCAGGCCUGGUGCCCAAGCAGCUGCGUUUCUGCCGGAACUAUGUGGAAAUCAUGCCGAGUGUGGCUGAGGGGGUGAAGAUUGGCAUCCAGGAGUGUCAGCACCAGUUCAGAGGCCGACGCUGGAACUGCACCACGAUCAAUGACAGUCUGGCCAUUUUUGGUCCAGUGUUAGAUAAAGCCACUCGAGAGUCAGCUUUUGUUCACGCUAUUGCCUCGGCGGGAGUGGCGUUUGCGGUGACCCGUGCCUGCGCCGAGGGUUCAGCCAACAUCUGUGGAUGUGAUACACGUCACAAAGGCCCCCCUGGUGAGGGCUGGAAGUGGGGUGGCUGCAGUGAGGAUUUGGAGUUUGGAAGCAUGGUGUCCCGGGAGUUUGCUGAUGCAAGAGAGAAUCGGCCUGACGCACGCUCAGCAAUGAACCGCCAUAACAAUGAAGCAGGGAGAAUGUCUCUCAACGACAACAUGUUUCUGAAGUGUAAGUGCCAUGGACUCUCUGGCAGCUGCGAGGUCAAGACAUGCUGGUGGUCUCAGCCUGACUUCCGAGUUGUUGGGGACUACAUGAAGGACAAGUAUGACAGCGCUUCUGAGAUGGUGGUUGAGAAACAUAAGGAGUCCCGUGGAUGGGUGGAGACCCUGAGACCCAAGUACAACUACUUCAAACCCCCUACAGAGCGCGACCUGGUUUAUUAUGAAAGUUCACCCAAUUUCUGUGACCCCAAUCCUGAGACCGGCUCCUUUGGCACUCGGGAUCGCAUCUGCAACCUGACGUCCCACGGCAUAGAUGGGUGUGACCUCUUGUGCUGCGGCAGAGGUCACAACACGAGAACUGAGAAAAGAAAGGAGAAGUGUCACUGUAUUUUCCACUGGUGCUGCUAUGUCAGCUGUCAAGAGUGCGUGAGGGUGUACGAUGUGCACACCUGCAAAUAG